UCCUUCUGUACUAGGACUUGCUAUUUCGUAUGCUAGCGACGGAUUAUGUACACCUUCCACUUACUGCUGUAGCGCAAAUACAUGUCGAUGAAACUAAAGAGCAUGUUGCGAUACGCAUUGGAGAACAUAAGCAUGAACAUGUCGAACGCCUUCCUCUGGCCAGCUCUUACGUCCAAGCCGUGUCGGCCGAAGAGGCAGGGGAGAGCGGUCGUGCAUACGAACGCACGCUUUCGCCUCAAUCAUCCGUAUAUUCCAGCUACAACACGAACACGAGCCAAGCUUCUCAGGAGAGCUACACAUCAGCUCAGGAGAGCGCAUUGGCAUCUAGCUCCCCAACACGCACUUCCGGGUACAGGGCCGCGUAUCCGUCGGCCCACGAGCCUGCUGCGCCAGCAUCGUCGAGUUACAAACCAUUGCAUACGCCGUCAAGAGCACCGGCAAGCACCCCAGCACGUGCAUCUCCCAAGGCCGAGACGCCUGUUGCACACGCCUACAUUGCCCCAGUGUACAAGCCCUUGGGUGUGUACAGAGCGGAAGGCGUGAGUGUGUACGAUUGUGAGGGCGCCCUCUUUGCCUUCGACGCGGGUAUCCAGAAGUUUGUCCCGGUUGUCGGUCAGGCGCACAAUGUCAUCAGCUCCCUCUCUAAAAAUCGGCUGCGACUCGACGUCUACAAGGGCAGCGAACUGUGGUACAGACAAGUACCCAGCAUGAAGAUGAAUUUAUAUCCACUUAAGUCCGAGCAAAUGAUCGUGUGGAACGGUAGCAGGGAAGGCGUUGAGUGCUCCUUCGGUUGGAAGUUUGCCAAGGCUAUUGAUUUCCGGAACUGGCAGUACAAGAUCUAUGGGGCGUUCUUGGCCCAGCACAGCGCAGAAGCAGCGAAGAAGAUGGAUCAAGAGUCAAGAGACUACGUGAUGGCGCUGGGCGGCUUUGACCCUAUGGACAUCGACAAGCCGGAAGUCGCUGGUGCACUGUCAGACUCUGAUGAAACGAGUGACACAGAUGAUCUGCUCAACGACUCCUUCUGGUACAACAAUGGCGAGAAGAAUACUGGGCUGGCUGUGGGUUUCAACACGAACCGCAGCUUUGUAAAGAAUCGCUCUGGUAUUAAUGUGCUCAGGACAACUGACGAGGGCGAUAUGGAGACUGUCACCUCAAUCGGGUCGAAGCAGUUCAAAUUCAACGGGAAAACCUUCAAUGCGAAUAAUAUGAUGCUGCACAAGGGCGACCAACAAAUGCUUCUUUUCGACCCGAUAGCCGAUGACAAAGCUAUCUAUAGAAUGGAUAUGACUAGGGGAGAAGUGGUGGAGGAGUGGAAAACGCAUGACGACAUCGGUGUUAAUGUGCUUGCACCUUCAAAAAAAUACGCGCAGAAAACAGACGCUGACACUUUAGUAGGAUUGAAUCAGAAUCGAUUAAUGGUUGUGGACGGGCGUUUGUCGGGUUCAAAGGUAGUUGAAUCACAGAGCCAAGCGUACAAAACCGCCCCCUUGCUAAGCUGCUUACAUACCACUGCCGAUGGGGGUGUAGUUGUGGGUAGCGAACUGGGCGAGAUUCGAAUGUUUGAUCGAGUGGGCAUCCGUGCGAAAACGCUACUGCCUGGUUUUGGAGAAGCGAUCAUUGGUAUCGAUGUCUCCGCCGACGGCAAGUAUAUUUUAGCGACAUGUGAGAAUUAUUUACUGUUUAUUCCGACGACUUUUACGGAUCCUAAGAGCGGAAAUGAAGCUACUGGAAUCAAGAAGCAGAUGGGCAAACACAAGCCCAAACCGACUGUGCUCAAGCUCAGGCCAGACCAUGUGCAGCUAAUGAAUUCCACGGUUGAUUUUACCCCGGCACGUUUCAAUAUAGGAGAUUCGAAGGAAGAGUUGAUAAGCGCCAGUAGCGGACAGUAUGUGGUGCAGUGGAACGUUUCAGAAGUAGCCAAUGGAAUUACCGACCACUACGUUAUCAAAAAGUACAAGGAUAGCGUGAUUGGCGAUAUGUUCGUCUACAACCAACCGGACAAAGUGGUGGUGGCGCUCACCAGCGAUGUCACCACGUCAAAAAAGCAAAUGUUCAAGAAGCCACAGACCGUAUUCAACAAAGGAAGGGGCAAUGUGUCGGCUCGUGACAGUAUAGUGCACACUCUGUGGUAAAUUUCGUAUUACUCGAUUAAUUAAAAACAUCUGUAUUGCUCGAUUCGCCAAAGACAUCCAAGUUUCUCAAGCCGGUCGCGUUGGCGCUGAUGUAACAGCUUUUAGAUUAGUCAACGGUGAUAAAGCAAUUACGUCUGAAGUG